UUUCUAAGUAAAUGUAACUGUAUCACAAUUUAUUGCAUCUGAAAAUAAUUAAUUUUAAAGUGCCUUUUAAAUGUCGGUAUGGUUUUGUUAGGUGAGCCGUUUCCAAAUUUCGUAGCAGAUACUCAAAUGGGUUCAAUUAAUUUCCACGAUUGGCUAAAUAAUUCGUGGGGAAUUUUAUUUUCUCAUCCAAAUGAUUUUACGCCAGUCUGUACAACAGAAUUAGCUCGGGUAUUAAAAUUGAUACCUGAAUUUGAGAAAUUAGGAGUAAAAGUUAUUGCACUAUCGUGUAAUUCAGUCGAUUCUCAUCGUAAAUGGAUAGAAGAUAUAAAAGCUUAUGCUGAAAUGACCGAUAAGGAAUUUCCUUACCCAAUAAUUGAAGAUGAAACGCGAAAACUUGCAACGUUGUUAGGAAUGUUGGAUCCUACAGAAGUUGAUAAUCAUGGCAUACCUAUGACUGCUAGAGCAGUAUUUAUUAUUGAUCCUGCUAAAAAAAUGCGAUUAUCAAUCUUAUAUCCUGCAACCACUGGAAGAAAUUUUGAUGAAAUUUUACGAGUAAUCGAAUCGCUACAGUUAACCGAGAAACAUAAAGUAGCAACUCCAGUUGACUGGAAGACAGGAGAACAGGUAAUGAUUCAGCCUACUGUUUCUGAUGAAGAAGCCAAAAUGUUGUAUAACAACAUUAGGAUUGUAUCAUUACCAUCAGGCAAACCUUAUUUGCGUAUUGUGCCACAACCGCUGUGAAAAUAAUACUUUCAAAGAUGAAAAAUCGUUAUUUUGUUUCCUUUCUUUUUUAAAUUAUAAUAAUUU